AUGCAGAACAGCACCGCUGUUGAUGAGGCCUUGUGCCAGCGUGUCCAGCUGGCACCUGGCUUUAUUGAGAAGCUGCUGCCGCAGUUGGUGGAUUUGGUGAAGUACUCUCGACUUUUGCCACAGGGAGAAGAACAUGCGAUACGCAGGGGAUCCAGAGACUUCCUGGCAUCCUCCAAAGACUUGGGCUUUCGCUCUUUGCAAGCGGUACAUCAGAUCUUCAGAUUUGUUGACCAGACCAUCCAUCGAAAUACAGCGCCCGAGGGUUUGAAGAACUUCAACCUCCUCGUGGACAGCAUCGACGACAUUUUGGAGCGUGCCGAUGGGCAUCUGAAAAAUGCAGCAGCAGGUGUGCAACGGGAGGAAGCUGAAGAGGAAGAGAAGGAGCUUUCACAUUCAGCUCCAGGUGCAACCCAGCCAGCGAGCCGCUUGCCAAAGCCGCAGGUGCGCUGGCGACAUCUCAUUGACAAUCAUAGAACGCACUUUGUGCCCAGAUUAUUGGUGAAACACAACGAAGAAUCACCAUUAUCACCAAAGCUCUUGGAGGCUCAAGCGAAGGUGGGGAUUCGACCUUCGACUGGCAGCAGCGCCAAGCCAGCCGAAGACGAGCUGCAGUCGCACUUGGCAGCCAUGGGUGUUGGUAGUCGGCCACAGGACUUGGCGUUGGCAAAUCCUUAUGAAGAGGAACUGAAUGCCCUGGCUUGGCCUGAUAGUUUCUUCCAAUGCAAGCCGGCGCAGCGAUACCCUCGGGUGGAGGAUACUCCGCUCGUCAUGGUGCGAACGGAUGAGGAACUCAAGCAGAUGAUUCAGGAGGUGAAAGCAACUUGCAUUGGAAAGGAAAUCGCUGUGGAUGUGGAGCAUCACGAUUUCAGGUCGUACCGUGGCUUCGUGUGCCUCGUUCAGGUGUCCACCAGGCAGAAGGACUUUCUAUUGGACCCGUUUGAGAUUUUUGAGCAAAUGCACCUUCUAAAUGAGAUCUUCUCAGACCCGCGUAUCUUGAAAGUGCUUCACGGCGCGGACCGCGAUGUGCUUUGGCUUCAGCGCGAUUUCUCAGUCUACCUGGUGAACAUGUUCGACACAGGACUUGCCACAAGGGCAUUGAGAUUGCAAGGUGGCUACUCUUUGGCAAACCUUGUUUCCCAUUUCUGUGGAGUGAAGCUCGACAAAAAGUACCAGACAGCGGACUGGAGGGAGCGACCACUGCCGCAGGAAAUGAUCCACUAUGCCCGAGCGGACACUCACUACUUGCUUUUUUGCUAUGACUGUCUCAAAAAUGCACUUUUGGCGCAGAGUGGCAUGGCCUCUACUAGUGGCGUAAACCUCGGAAUUGCAGUGUUGGAAAGCGGAGACCUACAAGCCACAGAAGAGGGAGUGCAAACCCUGCAGGCCACGAUGCAGAAGAGUGCUGCGCUCUGUGGACAAGCUUACCACGAAGCUCCGCUGGAUGCUGGACAGCUAGCGAUGUCCCUUUGUGAGCGCUUUGGCUCCAAACAACGACCCUUGGACGCCAAACAGAUGAAUGCCCUCAAGGCCAUCGCGGAGUGGAGGGAUUGUUUGGCUAGAAACAUUGACGAGUCAUUAAACUUCAUAGCACCAGAUGCAUGUCUUUGGCGCAUUUGCCUCGCCAUGCCAACUUCGCCAGUCAAGCUCCGCAGCACUUGCAAUCCUUUGCCCACGACAUUGCAGCAGCAUGCGCAAGAGGUCGUAGAUAUCAUCGUGAAGUGCUUACAAGGACAAACUCCAGCAGAAUUGCUUGCAGCAGAUCCUAAAACGCCUCAUAUAACCGCUGAUUCGCCUCCCCGUGAAGUGGAAGCAGACGUUCCCGUGCUUCGGGAGGUUGAGGCAGAGACAUCCUGGAAGAUUGGUGAGUGGCCCUUGCGUUCUCCAGAGGGAUCCCCAAGGCCACUCGUACACGUGACAGCCACUUUUGGACGGCUGCCGGCACUUGGUCGAAAGCGGGAGUUUGCCGUCCUUUGUGGAGCCGACUCGGGGUCUGAGGACGCAGACACAGGUCCUGUCAGUGUUGAGAGGCCACAGAAACGUGCGCGGGUCAUCAGGCGAAAAAUCAGCUUCGCAGCGCCCGCCCCGGAGCCCGCCCCGGAGCCCGCCCUGGAGCCCGCCCUGGAGCCCGCCGAGGGCGUGGACACUGGAGAGGAAGCUGAAAGAAAGCUCGAAAGCGAAGCUCCGAAAGAUGCUGAAGCACAAGCUCCGGAGGGUGGUUUGCCCGCGCCAAUGCGAAAAAGAAAGAGGAAGAGGCCCAACAGUCAGCGGAGCUUGGAGAACCUUGUCAGCGCACCGCAGGCUUCCAAACCGGCAUCGCCUGCAGCUCCAAAACCAGCUUCAGUCCCCAGCACGCAAUCAGUCCGGCGGAGCAAAGGAAAGUUGUGA